AGCGGAAAAUUAUACUUGCAAUACUGCAUAGAGUCAAGGACUUGUAUAAGUAACGCACACUGAAAAAAAAGUAUAAGUUCUACGCUUAUAAAUUCAAGUGACAUCGCAAUACUUGGUAUUGCGAAUAUACUUAUACCAAUUAUAAGUCUCAACGUAAUAUUUUUAAGUACUACACUUAAACUCGUUUAAGUCAUACGCUUAAACCGAGUUUUAGCGCCAACGCAAAACUCACAUCAGCACUACACUCAAAUUCUUGCACUCAUAAAUUGACAGAAUUAGAAAAGAAAGGUUAUAGAAAUGAAUAUUGCUAUAGAUUAAAGAAAUGAAAAUAAACCCAUUUAUUGAUAAUACUUUAUGAUAGAAUGAUAAAUUCCACUCGGUUGAUUUAUUUUUCAAACACGGGGAAAAAAGAUGCAAAAUACGCGCUGAGUCUUACGCGGGAACUUUUUUUACCAUAUGCUCGGAUAGUACCCUGUAAUUCAAAAUAAAAUCUAAAUUUUUUUUUCCCAAAAAUUGAAAAUGUAAUUAUAUAAAUUCAUUAUUUAAAUUUAGACUGUACAUAUAAUUAUUUUUGAACGGAUUAAUCCAUUUAUUUAAUUAAUGUAAAUAAAAAAUAAAAUACUUUUGACUCAAGUAUUUUUAAUAAUGUAGAUCUGGCAACCUCGCUUCGAACAGCUGUUCACGUUGAUCUAGGUGUCAAGUGUUAAGUUGAAUUUUAUUUAUUUCGAAAAGUUUAUAAAGCUUAUAAUAUCGACGUUUGUUUUUAAUUCAUUGUUUUUAUAUUAAUUUAAAAAAUUUAUAACAAAUUCAAAAAUAAGUGAUAAAAAUUAUUUUUACUGAUUCAAAAUUAUUUUACUCCUGCUUAUUAUGUGUAAUAUUUUGUAUUAAAAUGUUAAAAAUUAUUUGUUUACUUUUUUCAGAUUACCAAUUAUACAGAUAUGGAGUUUAGAUUUCUAAUCUUUAUGUUUAUCACUAAUUUUAUUGCGGGCGUCAUUGCAACGGACUAUGAAUUAAAAUUUGUGACAGUCGUAUUCCGUCAUGGAGAUCGGACACCAGAAACAGACGAAUCUUACCCAAAUGAUCCAUAUGCACACGAUGAUUUUUAUCCUCUUGGCCGUGGACAAUUGUCACUUGCUGGUAAACAGCAGGAAUAUCAAUUAGGCCAAGUGCUGCGUGAUCUUUACGAUGAUUUUUUGGGUGAUAUUUAUAUUCCAAAAGAUAUAGUAGCACGUAGUACAAAUCUUGAUAGAACGAGAAUGUCUUUGCAAUUUGUUGUCUCUGCUAUGUACCCUCCGAAAAGCCCACAAGCUUGGAAUGACAUUUCAAUUUGGCAGAUGAUUCUCACACCCAAUGUUCUGGACGCCGAUGAUGCUCCUUUGAGAUUCGACUCAUGUCGAAAAUUUAAAGAAGAAUUUGAAAAAGUAGCAAAGUCACCUGAAGUACAAAAAGAAAUCGAUCGAUUUCGGCCUCUUAUGAAAAAUCUCACUGUGGCGACUGGGAAAGAGAUAUCGACAACCAGAGAUUUGUUUCUUCUGUCCAACGGAUUGAUAGCUUUGACCGCAACAGAUCGCCCAGUUCCGAAAUGGUCUGAAGGAAUUUUUCCCGAGGGUCUGCUUCGCGAUGCUUCAAACCUUGAGUAUAAACUACUAUUUUAUAAUGAUAAUCUUAAGAGAUUGUCCAGUGGAAUGAUCAUUAGAAACAUCACGGAUACAAUAAAUUAUAUAGUCAAUGGAAAACUUCUCAACCAUCAAAAAAUGAAUAUUUUCAGUGCUCACGACAGACAUGUUGCGUCUCUUCUUGCUGUUCUCAGCGACUACAAUCCACACGUCCCGAAAUUUUCCAGCAGUGUCAUGGUUGAGUUACUUCAGAAAAAUGAAAACUAUUACGUUAAGGCGCGCCAUUAUCAGGGAAUCCCACCGACUGUCAUUGAUUUAAAAAUACCGGGAUGUGAUAUUGUGUGUCCGUCUAAUGAGUUUAUGACAUUAAUGAAAAAUUUCAUACCUUCUGAUGAAGAAGUAAAGUGUAAUAAAAAAUAACUACCAAUAUAACUUUAAGAUUAUAAUAAAUAAUAAAA